UUCCAGCUGUCCUUAUGACUCCCAGCACUGACUGCUUCCAGAGCUCCUAGUUCAAGUCCAAAGGGCAUCAUGUCAGAGGAUUACAUAUGGCUGGAAGGGGUCCCCCUUUCAAGGAAGUAUUUGACAUCUAAAUACCAGACUGGAGAGUGGAGGAAUUUUAUGUUCAAGGAAGAUGACAUCCUGACAGUGAGUUACCCUAAGUCAGGGACUCACUGGAUGAUUGAAAUCCUCUCCCUGAUCCAAAACAAAGGAGAUCCCAAGUGGGUCCAAUCUGUGCCCAUCUGGGACCGCUCACCGUGGUUAGAGGCCAGGAGACUGUAUGAAGCCUUAGAGGCAAAGGAAGGCCCACGUCUCAUCACCUCCCACCUCCCUAUCCAGCUCCUCCCCAAGUCUCUCUUCACUUCCAAAGCCAAGAUAAUUCACCUCAUCAGAGAUCCCAGAGAUGUCUUGGUGUCUGGUUAUUUUUUCUCAAAAAUAUGUUUUUAUUUUCAUCAAUCAGCAUCACUGCAAGCGCAUUUUGAGUGUUUCAUGCAAGGAAAUGUCUGCUAUGGAUCCUGGUUUGAGCACACACGGGGCUGGAUGUCCAUGAAAGGGAAGGAGAACUACCUGUUGCUGAGUUAUGAAGAGCUGAAGAGGGACACAAGGAGCACCAUAGAGAAGAUCUGCCAGUUCCUGGGCAAGAACUUAGAGCCAGAAGAGAUUAACUCAGUCCUCAAGCACAGCUCCUUCCAGGCUAUGAGAGACAACAAAAUGACGAACUACACAAUUCUGGAUGACGCUUAUUUUAAUUUGAAUAAUGGUCCAUUUCUGAGAAAAGGCAUUUCCGGAGACUGGAGAAACCACUUGACGGUGGCCCAGGCAGAAGCCUUUGACAGAGCAUUCCAGGAGAAGAUGGUGGAUCUCCCUCCAGAGCUGUUUCCCUGGGAGUGACGUCUGAACCAAGUCUCUAGAUUCCUUGUGGCUGUUGCCCAUUGUUCUCUCAUCUUUCUAUGUGUACGUGAUGAGGGUCAUCAAAUAAAACUACUUAUUUUAGGUGAAACAUGGA